AUUCUUGCGUGGUGUACCUGGCUACAUUUUCUUAACAAAUUUGUUGUUUGGAAGAGCCAUGGCCAUUGCACUAUCAUCAGCAGCAUUAUCAGGGAAAGGGACUAUAAACCCAUUGACUAGAGUUCUGCAUUUCGACCAUAACUGCUACUAUUCCUCAACACCCAAAUUAAAACCCAUUUUCUCCCUUUCCCUAAAAAGGCCAAGAUUUUCAUCUAGAGCUGCUGCAACAAUGUCUUAUGAUAAAGAACUUGCUGCUGCCAAGAAAGCUUGUUCUCUUGCUGCUCGCCUCUGCCAAAAAGUGCAGAAAGCAUUAUUGCAGUCGGAUGUCCAUGCAAAAUCUGAUAAAAGUCCUGUAACAGUAGCUGAUUAUGGCUCACAGGCUGUGGUAAGCUUUGUUUUGCAGAAAGAGCUGUCUUCGAGUCCAUUCUCAUUAGUAGCUGAGGAGGAUUCAGGAGAUCUUCGUAAAGAAGAUGGCCAAGAAACACUGCAACGAAUAACAAAACUUGUCAAUGAAACUCUUGCUAAUGGGGGAACAGCAUCUCCUUUAUCUGAUCAAGAUGUACUUGCUGCCAUAGACUCAGGAAAAUCUGAAGGAGGUUCUCUUGGUCAACACUGGGUUUUGGAUCCUAUAGACGGUACUAAGGGGUUCCUAAGGGGAGACCAGUAUGCUAUUGCAUUAGGAUUGCUAGAUGAAGGGAAAGUUGUAUUGGGUGUUCUAGCUUGUCCAAAUCUUCCUUUACAAUCUCUUGCCUGCCAUGAUCAGCACACCAUCCAAGGCAAAGCUGGUUGUCUUUUCUUUGCCCAAGUUGGUACAGGAACCUACAUGCAGUCUCUUGAUGGCUCAGAACCUAGAAAGGUGAAUGUCAGUUCUACUGAAAAUCCUGAAGAAGCAUCAUUCUUUGAAUCUUAUGAAGCAGCUCAUUCAAUGCAUGACUUAACAAGCUUGAUAGCAAAGAAAUUGGGUGUUAAAGCCCCACCAGUGCGAAUAGAUAGCCAGGCAAAGUAUGGAGCUUUGUCCAGAGGAGAUGGGGCAAUUUAUAUGCGUUUCCCCCACAGGGGAUACCGUGAAAAGAUCUGGGACCAUGCCGCUGGAAGUGUAGUUGUUACAGAAGCUGGAGGUGUUGUCACAGAUGCUGCAGGAAAGCCUCUGGACUUUUCUAGGGGAAGAUAUCUAGAUCUAGACACUGGAAUAAUUGUUACAAAUCAGAAGUUAAUGCCAACUUUGUUGAAUGCUGUCCAAGAAUCUCUAAAGGAGAAAGCUUCUUCCUUGUGAUUUUUUUUUUUUAUGCAUUUAUCUUCCAUAAAAUCUUCCUUGUAACUGAAUGUAUCAUGAAUCACCAACUUAGAGGCUGUUAUAAGUUGAAACUGGUGCAUCUUUAUCUUCUCAUGCCCACAAGACAUUACAAGGAACUGUUUUUUAAACUUUACAGUAUUCACUA